CUAACCCACAAAACAACUCUCUGCUGAAUUCAAUUGCGCCACAACAACACCGCCAAAAUGUCCCGCAUCCCGACCUCCACGUCCGUCACUGAGUCCGCCGUCAUCGCGGCCCCGUUCAGCGAUGUCUGGCACCUCAUCAAGCUGCCCGACUUCGCCAAGUUCUGGAGCAAGCUGGAGAAAGCCGAGGAGGUCAAGGGCACGUCGCCGGAGACGGAUGUUGUGAAGUGGACGUUCAAGGAUGGGACUGUGCUCGAGGUCAAGCAGGAGGAGCACUCUGCCAUCGACCAUUAUAUCACCUACAGCGUCAUCUCCUCGCAGCCCGCGCUGAGCUACACCUCCGUCGUCAGCACGAUCCGCGCCUACCCCGUCACAUCCGGCAGACACGAGGGCGACACGUUCGUGACCUGGAGCGGCAACUUCUCCAGCGACGCUGAUGCUGGAGUCAUCGAGGACGCCAAAUUCAAGCGCCGCGAAGCUCUUGCCGACCUCGCCGCCGCCGCCAAGAAGAAAUAGGCGUUCACAGACUGAGGGUGUUUGGGGACGGUUAAGUGGAGUAACUCAAAACGGUGCAUUGGCAGUGGGUUCAAUUGAUCCAUCGAGGUACAAUGAAAAUACAAAUAUGUUUCCACAGACGUUCAGUGGGUGCAUUGUAGGCCCGCGGCUCUGAAUAAGACUUUCAUUGACGGAACGGGGGAGCACACACCGUACGGUGAGCAUCACCCAAAAUUGGAACCAUUACAAGCUUGAAAGGAUGCUAUGUAUGAUAGACGCUAAAGGCCUACUUUACCUGUUCCAUCCGCAAUAGUAUGGAGACAACGGCGUCCUAUGUCUUCUUUGUCUUGUAGGGACUGACUGCAUUGCGUGGAUCUAAUAGUAUCCUAAUAUGGUCCGAAGUUAGAAACCAUCCUGCGUGGUCACGAUGCGAUGCGUCAAUGAAAUAAUACUGCAUAAUACAAC